AUGAGAAAUAUAGCAGCUUGUUACAGUGAUCAUGCCAUUAAGGUUUCUGAUUCCUAUUGUUCAGGUCCUUCAAACAGACCAUAUGUAUUACCAAAUCCACCACCUUCAAUUCGGGAAGCAGUUUCGUCUAUUUACAAAGCCAAGUUAUCUGUUUCCAUGAAACAGGUUCUUAUAAAAAUCAUCUGGUGCAGUCUCUCCGGUCUUGGCUUCACUGUUAGCCUGUGUGAAGGAAACCCAUCUUCAUCUUCUUCUUCUUCUCCUUCUUCCUAUUCGUCCAGGCAGCUGAGGAAGGUAAAAGGGUCGAAAAAGUUCGAAUCUUGCAAUUCAGAGAUUGAAAUCAUAUGGGAUCUUUCAUGGGCAAAGUAUGGUCCAGGGCCUGAACCAGUUAGUGGGUAUUACAUAGCUAUAUUCAUUGAUUCAGAACUGGGACUACUUCUAGGAGACAUGAAGGAGGAGAUCGAAUUGACAAUGGAAUAUGCAAAGUUUUCGAUCAUAUCUCGGGUGGAACGGUUUUCAGGGAACGGUGGUGUGUAUUCAACUAAGGCUCGGUUUAGUGAGUCAGGAUUGAGACAUGAGAUCAUGAUUAGGUUGUUUGGGGAGGGUUUGGAGGUGAGUGUUGAUAAGAAAAGGGUGAUGAAAGUGGAGAGAUUACAAUGGAAUUUUCGUGGGAAUGAAACUAUGUUUGUUGAUGGAAUGGUUGUGGAUAUGAUGUGGGAUGUUCAUGAUUGGUUGUUUAAAUCAUCGGAAUUAUGUUGUUCUGGUUCGGCUGUUUUCAUGUUUAGGACCAGAAGUGGUGUUGAUAGUAGACUUUGGUUGGAUGAGAAGAUUAUGGAUCAUAGGUUUGGUUUUUCUCUCUUGAUUUGUGCUUGUAAGAACCCUGAUUGA